UACAAAAACCUCAACCUUUGCCUCUCUCUCUCUCUCUCUCUCUUAGCUACUAUCUAGUCGUCUCAAAGAUGUCUCUCUUACUCCGAACUUUGCCUCUUCGACAUGCUUCGUUUUCUCUUUUCCUCUCCGCCACGGCCAUAUCCGCUUCAAACGCCGUCGUUUCAUCAUUCCUCGUACCCAAACAGAGAAGCCUACAGCGAAGAAGAACCUUCUGCAAUUCAGCUGCCUCCGUCGUAGUGAAUUCGAAUCCCUCUCCCCCGUCUCUUCUCAAAUGGGUUUCUCGCUCGGGGCUCUGCGGUGAGCUAUCAGUCGACGACGUUGGUAAAAGAGUCCACCUUUGCGGAUGGGUCGCCCUUCACCGAGUCCACGGAGGUCUCACUUUCCUUAACCUUAGAGACCAUACCGGCAUUGUCCAGGUUAGGACGCUUCCGGAUGAGUUUCCUGAGGCUCAUGGCUUGAUCAAUGACAUGAGGCUUGAGUACGUUGUUUCUGUGGAAGGUACUGUUCGUACUAGGCCAAAUGAAUCCAUCAACAAGAAGAUGAAAACUGGAGUCCUUGAGGUAGUUGCAGAGCAUGUUGAAAUAUUGAAUCCUGUGAGGUCAAAGCUUCCCUUCCUAGUUACUACUUCUGACGAGACUAAAGACUCAAUUAAAGAAGACAUUCGCUUAAGAUUCCGAUGUCUUGAUCUACGCCGUCAGCAGAUGAAGAAUAAUAUACUUCUUCGUCAUAAUGUGGUGAAGCUGAUUAGGAGGUAUCUAGAAGACAUGCAUGAGUUUGUUGAGAUUGAAACUCCAAUACUCUCUAGAUCAACACCGGAAGGCGCACGAGAUUAUCUGGUGCCCUCAAGAAUUCAGUCAGGAACAUUCUAUGCUUUGCCACAAAGUCCGCAGCUCUUCAAACAAAUGUUGAUGGUCUCUGGUUUUGACAAAUAUUACCAGAUAGCAAGAUGUUUUAGAGAUGAAGAUCUAAGAGCUGAUAGGCAACCUGAAUUCACUCAGCUUGAUAUGGAAAUGGCUUUCAUGCCUAUGGAGGACAUGCUGAAGCUGAAUGAAGAUCUUAUCCGUAAGGUCUUCUCAGAGAUUAAAGGUAUACAGCUACCUGAUCCAUUCCCAAGAGUGACGUAUGCUGAUGCAAUGGAUCGAUAUGGGUCAGAUAGACCAGAUACAAGAUUUGAUCUUGAGUUGAAAGAUGUGUCAAAUGUUUUCACAGAAUCGUCCUUCAGGGUUUUCACGGAGGCCCUUGAAAGCGGUGGAAUCAUUAAGGUGUUAUGUGUGCCUUCGGGUGCUAAAAAGUAUUCAAACUCGGCUCUCAAAAAAGGAGAUGUUUACAAUGAAGCGAUGAAAUCUGGAGCAAAGGGUCUGCCUUUCUUGAAGGUCUUGGAUAAUGGCGAGCUCGAGGGAGUUGCAGCAUUAGUGUCUAGUUUAGACUCUGAGGGUAAAACAAACUUUGUGAGACAAUGUGGAGCAAAGCCUGGCGAUCUUAUUUUAUUUGGAGUUGGUCCUGCUGCUUCUGUUAAUAAAACCCUCGACAGGUUAAGACUCUUUGUAGCCCAUGACAUGGAUUUGAUCGACCAUUCCAAGCACUCCAUUCUGUGGGUCACAGAUUUCCCAAUGUUCGAGUGGAACGAACCAGAGCAGAGACUUGAGGCAUUACAUCAUCCAUUCACAGCUCCUAGGCCUGAAGAUAUGGAUGACUUACCUUCUGCAAGAGCUCUUGCCUAUGACAUGGUCUAUAAUGGGGUGGAGAUUGGUGGAGGAAGUUUAAGGAUAUAUAAGCGGGAUGUACAAGAAAAGGUUCUAGAGAUCAUCGGCAUCUCAGCUGAAGAGGCUGAAGCAAAGUUCGGAUAUCUUCUGGAGGCUUUUGACAUGGGUGCUCCUCCUCAUGGUGGAAUUGCUUAUGGAUUAGAUAGGAUGGUAAUGAUGCUGGCAGGUGCGAGUUCCAUAAGGGAUGUAAUAGCUUUCCCAAAGACAACCACUGCGCAAUGUGCCCUAACCAGAACUCCCUCGGAAGUCGAUCCAAAGCAGCUCCAAGAUCUCUCCAUCCGCACCAACUAAUAGCUAAUAGCGCUCUCAACACAAUCAUCAUCAUUGUAUCUUUAAUGCUUUAAGAGAAGAUGAGUAAGUAGAGAUGUGGUAAUGGCAUCUCUUUUGUCAAAGCUCUUGUCCACAUCUUCAAGGUGGUUAUUGAUUUUACCGAAAUUUGUAUGGAUAUCACUUUUUUGAAACGAUAUUUGCAGAAGUGUUUUGCGAAACUCGCAAGAAGUGAUUAUAAAAGAUUAAUAUUUUUUCACUCACAAUAA